UUUAUUUUGUCACAUUAUUGUAAAACACAUGCAGAAAUAUUUGAUUCACAUGGUAUAAGAGCUUUUAACGUAGGGUUACUGUAUAGUCGCCGCCGUCGAUCUCCAUCUGACGUGAAACUCGCCGGCAACCUCAGUCACCAUCGUCAUUUGUUUCUCAGCCGCGCAAACCAUAGCUUGAUACCGUUCAGCCGCGCGACAAACUCUCGACUUUGACACCGUCCAGAUCCGAAUUCGGUCACCGUCCAGAUCAGUUCACACGCCGUGGCGAAGCCCACUGUUUUCCGUUCGCACGUCGCAGCCCUAAUAUUUGGACAUUCACACGCCGCGCGACCAGAUUCGACCAUUCAGUCAUCACGAAACUCUGUUUGAUUUCUAUAUCCGACCAGAUUUGUACGCCAAACUCGCCACUGUUGUUUGCGAGUACCACUGCUGAACCGCCCUCGUCUGUUCAAUCUGGGUUGGGCUGAAAUUUUGCAUUGGUGAUAUUCUAAAAGGGGGCCUCAGACACUUCACUCAACAAAUGACUUUGGUUUUCACUCUCAGAGGAGGAAUGAUCAUCCCGGACAUGUUUCCUCAAAAUUAGUGAUUCUGGCGUCUAUAUUUCUUUGUUCAUAAAAGAAGCCACAGCUGCUGAAUUUGUAUUUGAAGAAAGGAGUAUGUUAUGUGAGACAGAGUGCUCUGGUGAAAAUUGUGCAUUAAAAUGGGACCUCAUAUAUUUAGGUCCAUUGCAGAAAGGUACCAUCAUCUCAAUAUGUUUGUCAGAUGUAAAGUAACAUCUUCCCAAUAUGUUGCAUCAAGAGCUAGAGAUCCAACGUUUGAGAAACUGAUGGAUAAGUACAAAGAUUUUCUAAAAGUGGUUGCUAUCCAAGAUCUUAUCCUUGCUAAUCCGAGGAAUCAAUCAGUAUCUCUAGACUUCCUCUCAAGGCUUUCCCAGAAGCUCCAUCUCAACCGUGGCGCUCCCUCCUUCCUUCGCAAAUACCCUCAUAUUUUUCACAUCUUCUAUGACCCAAACAAGUCUCUACCAUUUUGCAAAUUAACAGACACUGCCAAUCAAAUAUUUUCUGAAGAAGCAGAUGCUAUCAAUGCUUCAUUGCCUCAGGUUGUUGAUCGAUUGGUCCGGCUUUUGUCAAUGUCAAAUUCUAAGAUGGUACCACUGCGUGCAAUUUACAAGGUGUGGAGGGAGCUUGGGCUCCCUGACGAUUUUGAGGACACUGUGAUAUCGAAAUACUCUCAUGUUUUUCAGCUCUGUGAUGCUCAUGAACCAAAUACUCAUUAUCUGAAGUUGGUUGAUGACAUUCCGAGAAAUCAAUUCAGAGCAGCUGUUGAGGAAUGGAGAGUUGGUCAGUAUUGUAAAGAGGACUGCACUGUUGAUGAGACUGAAAUCCAGUAUAGUUUUAAACAUAGCUAUCCUCCGGGUAUGCGGUUGAGAAAAAUCUUCAAAGCCAAGGUUCAGGAGUGGCAAAAGUGUCCAUAUACUGGACCAUAUGAGGGAAUACUUGACAGUAACAAGUAUAAGAACACUAGUCUAGCACUGGAAAAGCGAGCGGUUUCAAUCGUUCAUGAAUUCAUGACUUUGACCGUGGAAAAGAUGGUGGAAGUAGAGAAGAUCAGCCAUUUUAGGAAAUGGUUUGGCAUUGAGUUAAAUAUAAGAGAUCUAUUUUUGGAUCAUCCUGGGAUAUUUUAUUUAUCAACCAAGGGAAAGAGACAUACCGUUUUCCUAAGAGAAGCAUAUGAGAGGGGGUGUUUAAUAGAUCCAAAUCCAGUUUAUACCGUAAGGAGAAAACUCCUAGAUUUAGUUGCUAUGGGGCGUCGUGGUUUAUCUCAGAGUAGUUUAAGACAAAAAGCAGAUCAAAUUCACAAUGAAGAUGGUGACUUCCCUCUUCUAGGUAACAAGUGAAUACAUGAAAAUAUGCAUAUUCUUUCAACAAUUGUCACAUUCAAAUUUGUGAAACAUUGUCACGAGUCUGAAAGCAGAAAGGAGAAUGCUGGAGAGAUCAACAAUUUUGUUAAGGGAAUUUGAAUCCAUUGGGGGAGUUGAUAUCUAAUUACCAGUAUGAAAGACCCUUUUUUAAUACAUAGAAAUCGGAGGAAUGGUAUAUUUUACUGCGUCUUCUUGCAGAUGUGAACACCUUUCUUUCAGGGAAGGACUAUCUGAAAUAAUUUCAUUGAUUGAAUGAAAUAUCAAAGAAUUGGUAUCCAUGGUUUCUCCUGAUGAUACACAGAAUUGGCUUCGGAUGCUGCUUAUCGAUCACCCUUUCACAGCCUCAAAGAAGCAUUUAUGGAUAAACAUUUCAUCAACCGUUUUGUGGAAGUGAUAGGAUGAAGGGAAUACAAGAAUCUUCCCAGAUAAGGCAAAAACCACAAGGGACAUCCUCGAUGCAGCCGUUUACAAAUGGUUUCUCUUGGUGUAAAAGCAUACAAGCUAUUAAAAGUUUGCAACUUUUCUUUCAUUAUAGCAAAUUGGAAAGAUAUUUGUAUUCCUCUCGAAUAAGUCCUUUUUGUAUAUCCUUGGAUAUUUCAUUCAAUAAAUGAGAUGAUUUCUUAUCCAAAAAAUUCUCAGGGAGGAUUGAAGAGCGAGCUGAUUAAAUUGGACGCUCCUCGCAACUUUGUAAUUCGGUCUUUAAGGCAGGGAGACUUAACUGGAGAAGAUGUACAACCUGAUUUGGUAGUCUGAAAAUGUGUUCUUUGUGAUCUGCAGGUGAUUAUGCUCCGACCAAAGCUUAGUUCACAUGGGAUGGGCCUUAUUCAAGAUGGUACUAAUAAUAAUUGUCAUCUCCUUGUAUGAUUUCCAUUGUAUUUUCAUUAUCUGCAUGAACUUAUUGAAUAUUUUAACAUGUUGUCCGUUGAGUUUCCCGCUGCCACUUGGUUUCAAGUGAAAAGGCAGAGUCUGAACCAUUUGAUCUCGUGAUUUUUGGUUGUACCUUCAUUUGAAGGAAAGGAAUUUAAGGAUAUUGAUGCUUACUGAUUAGGACUUAUGUGAUGUAAUCUUCUGGUGACUAUUUUCAUCACCAUUUUCUGCUGAAUUGAGGGUAUGUUUGUGCCUUUUAUUGUUGAAUUCUAGAUGCUUCGAGGA